UGACGCUAACGGUUUGCGAUGCGAGAGAUCGUCGAUUGUGUUGACUCCUGGUAUUCACUGAAAAAUCCACCAAACAACACUGGUUAAUUAUUCACCGCCUAAUUGUUCAACUCAAUCAACUUGACGUGAAGUUCUCUACUGACUUGACCACAAUGGUAUUGAAUAAACGUGACCUGGAGAAGGCUUUCUCUCCAGGAAAGUCCCGGAGAUUUGGCAAACGUCGUUCGGGAGUUUCAUUCAAGCCCAGCACCAGCGGCAGCACAACGAAAUCAGUUACAAGUGAUGGCGAGAGUGGAACGAGUAUCAAAGUAAUUGUGAGAGUACGUCCUCACAAUGACCGAGAGCAGCAGGACAACCACAGAACAGUAAUCAAAGUAGUGGACGAGAAAAUGCUAAUAUUCGAUCCCAAAGUCGAGGAGAAUCCCUUCUUCUACAGAGGAGUUGCCCAAAAGGGUCGAGAUCUUCUGAAGAAGCAGAACAAGGAGCUCCAGUUUAUUUUUGACCACGUAUUCGACAUGAGCUGUUCGAACGAGGAAGUAUUCAAUGGCACAACCAGAGAAAUUAUUUCUGAUUUAUUGGAGGGAUACAACUGCUCUGUCUUCGCUUAUGGAGCCACUGGAGCUGGAAAGACCCACACGAUGCUGGGAAAGGAGGGGGACCCUGGUAUCACGUACAGAACAAUGGCAGAGUUAUUCAGUCAGAUCGAGGGUCAACGAGAGGAGAGGAACUUCACCCUGGGGGUGACAUACCUCGAAAUUUACAACGAGAAUGUUCAGGAUCUCCUUCACAAAUCUGGACCACUAGCGCUUCGAGAGGAUGGUCGUGCUGGGGUGAUCGUUGCCAAUCUGAAGAUCAUAUCCAUCAGCAGUGCAGAUGAACUUCUUCAGCUGCUGGCUCGUGGCAACAAGAACAGAACUCAGCAUCCAACUGAUGCUAAUCAAGAGAGCAGUAGAAGUCACGCAGUUUUUCAAGUAUAUGUCAAUAUGGCAAGUAAAUUGGAUGGGCAGGUGAAGCAGGUGAAGCUUUCGAUGAUAGAUUUAGCUGGGUCAGAGAGAGCUUCUGCCACUGGUUGCAAGGGGGCCAGAUUCAAAGAGGGAGCCAAUAUCAAUAAAUCAUUGCUGGCCCUUGGAAAUUGUAUCAAUAAUCUUGCUGAUGGUGUCAAGCACAUUCCGUAUCGUGAUUCAAAACUAACGAGACUGCUUAAGGAUUCACUGGGUGGAAAUUGUCGUACUGUGAUGAUUGCUAAUAUUGGGCCAUCCAGUAUGAGUUAUGAGGAUACAUACAAUACUUUGAGGUACGCUAAUCGAGCGAAAAAGAUCAAGACACACAUCAAGAAGAACAUCAUCUCCUGUGAAAUGCAUGUUACAAGUUAUAUAAAACUGGUGGACGAUCAGAAGAAGGAGAUAAACCUCCUCAAGCAAAAAUUACUGGCACUGGAGAGCAAGAAUAUACGGUCGAGCUCAUCGCUGGAACCCUCUGAACCAAGUGAAGAAACCCAGAAGGAGAUCAAAGAAUUCACAGAGAGAUUGAAACUCUUGUAUGAACAGAAGAAAUCCCUCAACGAGAAAGUUCUCUCCCUCCAGAGCUCUGAUAAAAUCCUCUGCUCUCGAAUUCAGUACAAAAUUGCCGCUGAUAAACGUCUGCAGAACCUUACAGCAGCUCUGGACCUCAUCCCUGAGGAGCAGAACGCCAGUGGAAAAUCCAGGGUAAAUAAAUCUCUUCUGCAUUUCAAGAGACAACGGGAAGUUGUUAAAAUCCAGAUGGAGCAGACGUGGAGUGAAUUGCAGUCAGUCGAGCGUGAACUCAAUACUCUCAAUGAUGAGAUUAACAAGAAGGGUCUAACAGAGAAAUUGGCCGAUCAGUGUGCAGUCAACAUGACCGAAAUUAAGGCGUGCAGAGUCCAACAGCAGUAUGAACAUUCCAGAAAGAUCUGCAGUCUUCAGCAGUGCGAGAUGGAGUCAAGUGAUACAAUUGUAAAGACCAUGAGUGGACUUCUUCAAAUGUACUAUGGAACCAUGUGUGGGUACAAUAUCAUGACCGACAAGAUGAAGAGUGAGUACAAACAGCUGAUCAAAUCGUUGGAGGGAGUGAGGAACAUAAAGUGGGCUGAUGCUGAUGAGCACAGCCCACAUGAAGACCUCUACAAUCGAACUGGACUUACUCUGGAGGAGUUGAAGGACCCGUUAAACAAUGAAAUCCCAAUUCACACUGCUCUGUACCUCGAGGACGAGGCAACACCUUCUGAGAGUAAAUUAAACAGCACUUUCAAUGGAUCGACAAGUAACGUUAAUUCGCCAAUUGUCGAAACUAAUCUCAAUACCACUAUAACUGUAGAUUCACCCUCCAAUGAUGAGAAAGAAUCGGAGAAAGAAUUUACCAGUGGAGAGGAGAUUAAAGCAAGUCAGUUAAAUAAUACAUUCAAUUUGAUGGAGAAUAAAGUGAAAAAACGUAUUCUAGCUGAUAAGAAUCACACGACUGGUAGAACUCCGAAUAAAGUUAGGAAGAUUUCCCCAAAGAACAAGGUGGCAUCUGUCCAACAGACCAACAUCACCUUCGCAGGAAAGGAGAAUAAGACCACUGCCAAACCCGUCAGUGUUAUGAGUGCUAAGAGUGUGGCAAUUUUGAAUAAGUUGAAAAAUGACAGGGUAAAACUGCUGUCACAAAUAUCCUCGACACCUUAUGAAAACACCAAUAAUGAGCCGGGCGGACUCAAAGCUGUCAGAACCAAGGAGAGGAGAGGCUUGGUCAAUGCCCAUCCCUACCAAAAGAAUCAUAUUAAGCCCAAGUUACCAUUGGCAGCGCCGUCGUCCCGUGUACCUUGGUAGUGUUUUUAUUCCAGAAAAAUAAGAAAAAUGUCCAAAUCCGCAUGUGUUUCAUACAGGUACCAUUUAUACUACACCUUGAGUGAUAAAACGAAUUAUCUUGAUGUAUGUAGCACUUGUAUAAUAUUGAAAGAAUCCAUGAAAAUGCUUUCCUCAUCAUUACACGUUUCAGAAAUGUCUGGACCUCUACUGCCCAUUUUUUUGUAUUCAAUAUUAAUUUUAAUGACUGAAUAAAUGUAGAUUUUUUGAAAUUAUUAUCAAGACGCCAUUGCUUCUCACACUGGAUUGUCCAAGAAGUUUAUUCUACCUUUUUCUCUUAUAUGAUAGAGCAGAUCAAUUUUUCGAGCGAUAAUAAAAUACCACUAGUUCGAUAUCCAUAUGUUUAAAUCCAACGGGAAUAGCUAUUUGAGAAGAGCCUUAUAAUUUUUGUAGAUAAAUCAUUUAUAUAUAUUAUUGUUAUCAAAACUCACCGUGAGCUAAAGGCGAGCAAUAUGACAAUACGUUUUCUAUAUAUGACACUUAGUAGUUUUAUGAAUGUGUAGUGUUUGUAGUAGUCAAUAAAGUUUUUUACAGAA